AUGGAUGUCGACACGAAAAAAGUUGAUAUUGGUAUUCAAACUGAUGAAUUGAGCGACAAUCAAUUUUCUCCAUCCUCUACUGAACGAGUAUCUCCAACCGAUUUACAGACAUCAAACAGAAGUACUAGUACAAAUACAAUCACCGAUGAACAAAAACCUGGCUUGUCUGUUGAAAUACCAUUUUAUCGAUUGACAAAGUCAAACAAAUAUUGUGCUGUUUGUGAUGCUUCCUUCCAUGUAAAACGAAAUCGAUCCAUUGAAAUUAAUUCUUCAGUACGCUUAUAUACAUUAUUGGAACACCAUAUUUAUAUCCAACACAAAACUCGAUGCUGUUCAAAGCACAUAUCUAAUGACUCCUUGAAAGUGGAAUCAAUUGAGAAUAUUAAGCAACAUAAAAAAAGAUAUUGUAUGAUUCAUCGAGAAGAAUUGAUCGAUCUAUUCAACGAUAUGAAAAACGAACUCAGAAAAAACUAUUUAAAAAUUAAUGAAUUGGCUAAGAAUCCACCAUUAAAUUUCGACGAUACAAAAGUGUGUUUACCGGAAAAAGCUUAUCAAGUACUGAUGGGAAUUACUCGCGACCAGUUUGAUGAUCUUUGUUCUCAUAUACCACGAUCGAAACUGCGAACUUCUGAUCUAAGAACAUCACGUACUGCUAUUGCUAUGCUUCUUGUUAAAUUGAGACUAGGUAUCAGUCAUGAAACUUUGUGCACUUUAUUCGGACUUGAAAGCAAACGUCAAGUAAGUAGAAUACUUGAGAGUGCCAACACCGCACUCAAAGAACAUUUCGUACCAAAAUAUCUUGGGUUUGAUCAUAUUACACGGGAGUAG